ACUGGGUAACUUGUAAUAGUGCAGGGGUCCCUUGCAGAAUUUAUUAGGGUUUCUUUCCGGGUUUUUUCCUUUGCUUCUUUUCAUGCUGUUUUGAAAUCUCAUGGCAUGUACAACUCCGAGCACAAAGGUCACUGCUCUCCAAUGAGCCCAAGAAUCUCCUUCUCAAAUGACUUUGCUGAGUCUCAAUACAUGAUGAAGCAAGAGAGGAGCACAAGAGAGGCUCCAGUCUCCUCUGACUUUGAAUUUUCUGUCACAAACGACUCAAUGAUGAGUGCAGAUGAACUUUUUUUCAAGGGUAAGCUUUUACCAUUUAAAGACAACUGCAACAAUCAAAUGCACAGGACUUUGAGGGAGGAGCUUCGUGCUGAGGAGGAUGAUGAUAGUCAAGUAUCAUUGAAGCCCCCAAAAGGCUAUUCUACAAGAUGGAAGGGAUUUCUGGGUCUCAGGAGAACCCACAUUGGCUCCAAGAAAGCUGAAAAGAGUGAUGGGGCAAUAGGGAAAGCUGAUGAAAGUAAAAAGUCCAUUUUUGCUCAUGAGGAUGCCCAUGUUACGACCAACACUUCAAAGGAGCUUCCGAAUGAAGGAGGGUCAAGUAGCAGGGAUUUUGACAUUAGAAUAUAGUUCUCUUGUCCAAGGUGGAUGUCGUAGAGAUGGGGAACAAAUUUUAUAGAGGCUGGUGGGAUUCAAGCAUUUUCUACUACUUUUAGCAGAGGUUCUGAUAGAUUUAGAUUGUCUUAAUCAUGUUAGAGGGUUGGUUUUAACUGGGUUUCAUUUAGAGUUUAACUGUCUGUUUUUCCAUUAUAUGUUAGCUAGAGACGCUAUUGUUUUGGCUGAUUUUUGUACAAAAUGUUGGGAGUUGAAGAACUUCUUCUGUAUGAGGUGAGGCACAGAGUUAGAAGUCUAUCUUUAUGUUGUAGUCGGAUCUAGUUUUGUAAUUUCUUUGACUUGGAUCUUUCUAUCAUUACAAUUAUUGGGAGAUGUAUUUUUUUGACA